GAGUCCCGAGAUGGAGGGAAGAGGAUGUACACUGAGUCUGUCUGGGAGCCCAGAACCUCCCCCUGGUCUGCCUGCCUCCUCCCCAUCUCCCCAUCCAGCCACCCACUCACCCAUCUUUUCUUCCUUCCUCCCUUUCUUCUCCCGACGCCUCAGGCCUCACCGUUCCUCAGUGCCCCCUACUCAUUCCCAGCCCCACACCCUUGACUUUGCUGUCUCCUCUGCUCUUGUAUCCCAUUCCACUUGUCAAGCCCUCCUCCUUGCAGCCUCUCCCCAUGCCUGUCAGGAUCCGUGCCGCUUCCUCUUGCCCGCCUCCUUCCAGAACUUCAGAGGACCUUGUCUUACAGUUGAAGAAAGCAAAUAUUUACUGAUGCCUCGGCGCGAUGCUGGAUGCUGGGCAGACAGCAGACACAAAAUAGGCCCUCCUUCAUGGAACUAAAACUUAGAGGAGAGGAGAAAAGAUGAAUAAAAGAAUGACGCCGAGCAGUGUGGACGGGUCCGGGGGCAGCAUGGCGGAUCCCAGCGAAGGCCCCCGUGCGGGAUCUGGGGAGGCAGACCAGCCUCCCGGGGAUGAGAGCGGCACCCCUGGCGGGGAGGCCUUCCCCCUCUCUUCACUGGCCAACCUGUUCGAGGGGGAGGACGGCUCCCCGUCGCUCUCGCCGGCCGAGAGCGGUCGCCCCGCUGGCCCAGGCGACGGGCGGCCAAACCUGCGCAUGAAGUUCCAGGGCGCCUUCCGCAAGGGGGUGCCCAACCCCAUCGACCUGCUGGAGUCCACCCUGUACGAGUCCUCGGUGGUGCCCGGGCCCAAGAAGGCGCCCAUGGACUCGCUCUUUGACUAUGGCACCUAUCGUCACCACCCCAGUGACAACAAGCGGUGGAGGAGGAAGGCCUUAGAGAAGCAGCCACAGAGCCCCAAAGCUCCAGCGCCCCAGCCGCCUCCCAUCCUCAAGGUCUUCAACCGGCCUAUCCUCUUUGACAUCGUGUCCCGGGGCUCCCCUGCUGACCUGGAUGGGCUGCUCCCCUUCUUGCUGACCCACAAGAAGCGCCUGACAGACGAGGAGUUCCGGGAGCCGUCCACAGGGAAGACCUGCCUGCCCAAGGCUUUGCUGAAUCUGAGCAAUGGCCGCAACGACACGAUCCCUGUGCUCCUGGACAUCGCUGAGCGCACAGGCAACAUGCGCGAAUUCAUCAACUCGCCCUUCCGGGACAUCUACUACCGAGGCCAGACCGCCCUGCACAUCGCAAUCGAGCGCCGCUGCAAACACUACGUGGAGCUCCUGGUGGCCCAAGGUGCCGAUGUCCACGCCCAGGCCCGGGGGCGCUUCUUCCAGCCCAAGGAUGAGGGAGGCUACUUCUACUUUGGCGAGCUGCCUCUGUCGCUGGCUGCCUGUACCAACCAGCCCCACAUCGUCAACUACCUGACGGAGAACCCGCACAAGAAGGCGGACAUGCGGCGCCAGGACUCCCGCGGCAACACGGUGCUGCACGCGCUGGUGGCCAUUGCUGACAACACCCGCGAGAACACCAAAUUCGUCACCAAGAUGUAUGACCUGCUGCUGCUGAAGUGUGCCCGCCUCUUCCCCGACAGCAACCUGGAGGCCGUGCUCAACAACGACGGCCUCUCGCCCCUCAUGAUGGCCGCCAAGACGGGCAAGAUUGGGGUCUUUCAGCACAUCAUCCGUCGGGAGGUGACAGACGAGGACACCAGGCAUCUGUCUCGCAAGUUCAAGGACUGGGCCUAUGGGCCAGUGUAUUCCUCGCUCUACGACCUCUCCUCCCUGGACACGUGUGGGGAGGAGGCCUCUGUGCUGGAGAUCCUGGUGUACAACAGCAAGAUUGAGAACCGCCACGAGAUGCUGGCCGUGGAACCCAUCAAUGAACUCCUGCGGGACAAGUGGCGAAAGUUCGGGGCCGUCUCCUUCUACAUCAAUGUGGUCUCCUAUCUGUGCGCCAUGGUCAUCUUCACCCUCACCGCCUACUACCAGCCACUGGAGGGCACUCCGCCCUACCCUUACCGCACCACGGUGGACUACCUGCGGCUGGCCGGCGAGGUCAUCACGCUUUUCACCGGGGUCCUGUUCUUUUUCACCAACAUCAAAGACUUGUUCAUGAAGAAAUGCCCUGGAGUGAAUUCUCUCUUCAUCGAUGGCUCCUUCCAGCUGCUGUACUUCAUCUACUCCGUGCUGGUGAUUGUGUCGGCGGCCCUCUACCUGGCGGGGAUUGAGGCCUACCUGGCCGUCAUGGUCUUUGCCUUGGUCCUGGGCUGGAUGAACGCCCUUUACUUCACCCGUGGGCUGAAGCUCACGGGGACCUAUAGCAUCAUGAUCCAGAAGAUCCUCUUCAAAGAUCUUUUCCGCUUCCUGCUGGUCUACUUGCUUUUCAUGAUCGGCUAUGCUUCAGCCCUGGUCUCCCUCCUGAACCCGUGCGCCAACAUGAAGGUGUGCAACGAGGACCACACCAACUGCACGGUGCCCACGUACCCCUCGUGCCGCGACAGCGAGACCUUCAGCACCUUCCUCCUGGACCUCUUCAAGCUGACCAUCGGCAUGGGCGACCUGGAGAUGCUGAGCAGCACCAAGUACCCCGGGGUCUUCAUCAUCCUGCUGGUCACGUACAUCAUCCUCACGUUCGUGCUGCUCCUCAACAUGCUCAUCGCCCUCAUGGGGGAGACGGUGGGCCAGGUGUCCAAGGAGAGCAAGCACAUCUGGAAGCUGCAGUGGGCCACCACCAUCCUGGACAUCGAGCGCUCCUUCCCCGUGUUCCUGAGGAAGGCCUUCCGCUCCGGGGAGAUGGUGACCGUGGGCAAGAGCUCGGACGGCACUCCGGACCGCAGGUGGUGCUUCAGGGUGGACGAGGUAAACUGGUCUCACUGGAACCAGAACUUGGGCAUCAUUAAUGAGGACCCCGGCAAGAACGAGAACUACCAGUAUUACGGCUUCUCGCACACCGUGGGCCGCCUCCGGAGGGAUCGCUGGUCCUCGGUGGUGCCCCGCGUGGUGGAGCUGAACAAGAACUCGAACCCAGACGAGGUGGUAGUGCCUCUGGACAACAUGGGGAAACCUAGCUGCGACGGCCACCGGCAGAGUUACCCCCCCAAGUGGAGGACUGACGACGCCCCCCUCUAGCGGCUGCAGGCAGGAGCAGGGUCCCCUCCACCACCCAUUUCUAGUCCGCCUGCAUUUCAAGGGGCUCCCUGGGGUGUCCCCCGCACCCUCCUUCAACCCCCAGAGGUGAGGGCCGGGCAGAGAUGCCGGGGAGGCCCCAGGACCCUCUCUGGUCCCCAGGCUCCUGCCCCUAGCCCCACCUCCCCACCCCGGGCGUGGGGCUCCUGGCCGCCUGUCUCACUCCCAUGGAGUCAUGUAAACAGCACCAGGGUCUCUCUGCCCACAGGGGCUCAGACCCCUGCCUCUCCAUUUAUUUAUUUGCUCUGGUCUCAGGAAAGUGACACAGCCCCCUCCCCAAACUGGAGCCUGGCAGAGGCCUCAGGACCCCAUCCCAGGUGCACUGCCAGGUGCUAAGCCCUGGGCCCCGCCCCACGCCCUGGGCUGCACAGAGCACCCU